CUCUCCUGCCUUGCUUCAGCUCUGUUUAGCCGGCGGCCGCUCCGCGCUUCUUCGUCCGAUUCCGCUGUGCGGUUCUUUCCCACGGCCUGUCUUGCCCUCCCUUCCCCCUGCCCCGCUGGGUCCACUUCUCCAGCUCUCGCCCGCCCUGGCCCAUGGCUCCAUGAAGCGCGGGGUAGUAGAGGUGGCGGCGGCGGCGGCGGGGAGGCAAGAGCAGGAGGAGCGGCGGUGGCGGCGGCGGUGGUGGUGGCGACGGCGGUGGUUAGGUUGAAAAGUAACUGGAGUAGGGAACCGUCUUCGCGUCAAGGAAAGAAAAGGUUGUUCCUUGCUCUGUACUGUACAGUAUGUGCAGUAAUGCCUCCAUACAGGAACAUGCCCCAGAUUUGGAAACAGGAAUGGGCCGUGAGAAAAGGAAAUUCAUUCCAGAAAUAAAAUAGCUUCCCCUUCCACCUGUCCACUUCCCCCUUGGCAGUACAAGGUUUCUGCUUUCAGGUUCUACAGUGCUUCAGACAGUAGGUGCUGAAUCAGGAUGGGAAAAAGACGCUGUGUUCCUCCACUUGAGCCCAAGUUGGCAGCAGGCUGUUGUGGGGUAAAGAAACCCAAAUUGUCUGGAAGUGGAACACAUAGUCACGGGAAUCAAGCCACAACUGUGCCAGUCUCUAGUUCAGGUCCUCUUCAGAACCACCAGCAUGCAGAUGGGGGCAGUGGAAGGGAGAAUGUAUCAGAUUUGACUUUAUGCCCUGGAAAUUCUCCAAUUACUCGAAUGAAUCCCACUUCAGGAGCAUUGAGCCCACUUGCCCGGCCUAAUGGAACUGCCAACAGCACCAAAAAUCUAGUCGUGACAGCGGAGAUGUGCUGCUACUGCUUUGAUGUACUCUACUGUCAUCUUUAUGGUUUCCCUCAGCCACGACUUCCUCGAUUUACCAAUGAUCCCUACCCACUCUUUGUGACAUGGAAGACAGGCCGAGACAAACGACUUCGGGGCUGCAUUGGAACUUUCUCUGCCAUGAAUCUUCACUCAGGACUCAGGGAAUACACAUUAACCAGUGCACUUAAGGACAGCAGAUUUCCACCCCUGACUCGUGAAGAGCUGCCUAAACUUUUCUGCUCUGUCUCCCUCCUCACUAAUUUUGAGGAUGCCACUGACUACUUGGACUGGGAGGUUGGAAUCCAUGGGAUCAGAAUUGAAUUCAUCAAUGAGAAAGGUGUUAAACGCACAGCUACAUAUUUACCUGAAGUUGCUAAGGAACAAGAUUGGGAUCAGAUUCAAACAAUAGACUCCCUGCUCAGGAAAGGUGGUUUGAAGGCUCCAAUUACCAAUGACUUUAGGAAAACUAUUAAACUCACCAGGUAAACUUUUUUGUAAUUUUUGUAUUAGUAUUA